CCUGUGCGCUGGCUGGGGGGUUGGCCACAUGAUCUAAGGCCCUCCCUAGAAAGAUUCUAGGUUGUGUUUAUCUGGGUUACAUCCCCUGGAGCUCUGGAAGCUGGCAUCUACUUUCCUUUCGGAAGUUGGUGUGGUACAACCAGCACCCUCACCUGGCUCACUGAUCAGGUGGUUUGUGUGCUCAGGUAUGGGUCAUGUGCUCCGGUGAGCAACAAGAAGUUGUUUAUGCUCUUCAUUUCUGAAAAGUCAUAAGACACAGGCAAGUUAAAAACCGAAAGUGAAAUCAGCUGAUAGUGACAUCAGUCAGCACAAAUGUACCAAAGUUCAGAGUUGUUUACUUGGACACUGCUGUGAAUGCAGGCAGGACACUAGCUCCGAGCUGGGGAGUGCAGCUGCUCUCCUCUGCCCUAGUUCCUGGAGCCUGACAUCAGAAAGCAGCCCAGGAGAGAAUCCAUUCCCCGGAGUCGAUUUCCUGUGUCACCUUUUGAUGAGUGUUCGUGGGCUCUAGCCUUGGUUUUCGUCCCCCUGCAAGCGCAGAAGAAAUGGCUAUCCCCAGGCCAUGUCGGAGCAACUGGCUGCCCUUUGUGGGCAUCAUGAUCCUCGUGGCUGCGGUCCUCUCCCUGAUGGCCUACGCUCUCCUCUGGAAGGCUGGUAACCUCGCUGACCUGCCUCACCUGAGAGUCGGCUUCUACAACUUCUGCCUGUGGGAAGAGGACACUGGCUCCCUACAGUGUUACAACUUCCCUGAGCUGGAGGCGCUGGGGGUUCCCCGGGUCGGCCUAGCCCUGGCCAGGCUUGGUGUGUAUGGGGCCCUGGUCCUCACAAUGUUUGCCCCUCUGCCCCUCCUCCUCGCCCAGUGCAACAGUGAUACAGGAGAGUGGCAGCUGGCGGUGGGCUUCCUGACGGUGUCCUCCGUCCUGCUGGCCAGUGGACUAAGCCUCUUCCUCUCGUACGUGUGGAAGUGGGUCAGGCUCACCUUCCUGGGGCCCGGCUUUCUAGCUCUGUGCCUAGCCCAGGCCUUACUCAUCUUCUUGCUUAUAGCCACUGUUCUGUUCCCUCCGAGGGAAAAGAAGGACAAGGGCAAGUGGGAGAACUGUUAGCCCAGUCUAAAGGCUUAUGGGAUUACAAGGGUUCAGUUCCAGCUGCGCUCACUCUAAGAAGGUGCCAGAGAACCUGUGGCUGGGCAGGUCCUCUCAACCACCUCGUUCCACAGCUAAUGUUGAGCCCAAGCUCGGGCAGGGGGACCACCCACCGCGUGGCAGGGCUGCGGUGUCAAGGAGCCCAGAGGCAUCCUGGAUGGCUGGGGUACCUGCAGCCCGCAGUGUCCUUCCUUACUCUGGAGGACUCUAAAAACCAAGUAGCUCAUUAGCACGGGGGUCCUUGCUUCAAUCAGCCCCUCUGAGCAAUUCUCACGAUAGCUUCACAGGUGAGAGCCUGACUGUCAGAGGCCAGAGUUCCAAGCUGAUUUGCCAAAGUGUCAAACAAGAACUCUGUGAAAGUGUAUGGCAACAAACGGAAUGGUUAGAAGAAACUGCUUUACCAUCAAGUCCUGUUAGCAAGCUUCUGUUCCUCCAGUGUGAUGAGCCCCACACCAGAACUCUAGCCCUGGGGGUCCAGGAAUAACCUCACAAAGACUCAGCUAAGAAACACAGGGCACAGAGAAGCCUUGCUGGCUUUGUGGGGUCCCCGAAUGGGCUCUUGGACCUGACACCACACUGUCAAAUCAUUCUUGUGACCCAGGAAUGCAGAUCAAGAUGUGCCAAAGCCUUGAAGGUGAACAGGACUUCAUAGUCGCGCACAAACACACACUGCAUCCCCUCACCUUGCCCAGAACUGGAAAGGGCAGAAACAUGGUCCUUAUUAUGCACUGGGGCAUCAUUAUAUUACACAUUGGGGCGUCAUUAUAUAUUUCUCAAUGUCUGUAUUGCACAAAACCUACAUGGCAACGAGUUUUUCCUUCUAUGCUCUUGAAAAGCCACAAUGAAUAAAGAAACACGGACUCUGGUGUGAA